AAUCCUAAUUCAGCUGGAAAAUUAAAUUGACACGUUUUUCAGAAAUUCUCUAGUUACAGUUAAUAUAAAUACAAUGGUAGAGUUAAGAUAGUGAAGGAUGGAAACGGAGGAUGAAUGUGUAGACGCGAACUCCAACAUGACGGGGAAACUCGUGGAUUCUUUAUCCGCAGAUGAAGAUUCAAUCCUGGAGGAGGUUGUGGAGGAAGGACAAAUUCUCAUGCAGGAUGUAGAUGAUCAUCAGCAAGUGGUGAUGUUAACGGGAGGAGAGAUGGGACAGCAGCAUAUAGUAAUUACAGACGGAAACCUGCCUCCAGGAGCUCAGGUUAUCCAGCUCCCUGACGGAAACCACUCUAUCGUGAUGAACUCCCGAGUGAUGAAGACUGAACCUGAGGAUCUAAGUGUCCGGGAGGAGAGAGGGAUGGUCAGGUUGCCUGGGAACCGUCAGAUAAAUCUUGAAGCUGGAGCUCAAGCUAUUCAGGCUAGCGCUGCGGCUUGUGUACAAAAUGUGAUAAGAAAUCUAAACAUGAAGGACACAGAGAAGAUUUCUAUAAUCACAGGAACAGGAGGACCAGCUUCUCAGGAGCGAGUAGACCAUGUUCUUAUAGAGGAUAGUUUACUGGACUCUAUGCAUGAAUCUCCAGCUAAAAGAACCCGAACUACUGGACACGAUCAUCCGAAACUUACCAUAGCUAAACAGUAUUCUCCAUUCGGGUUCCACUGCACCCUGGAGGCUCCAACCGCACAGUGGGUGCGGAGGGACGAGGAUAGGUGCACGUAUAUGAAUAAAGGACAAUUUUACGGAGUAACCCUGGAGUACAGAGCAAAUCCGGCCGAACCUAUCACAGAAUCUUUAGUUAAUGUUCGCAGUGUUGUUAUGUUGGUCUUUAGAGAUGCAAAGAAUCCCGACGAUGAGUUAAACGCCUGGGAAUUCUGGCACGGCCGGCAACCCACGAGCAAACAGAGAAUCAUCGACGCCGAGACGAACAACAUGAGCGACCAAGUCGGGAUUACGGAGAUAGAGGAUGUAGCGUACAAUGCUAUCGCUGUAUAUUGGAAUCCCCUGGAGAAACCUGCGUUCCUCUCUAUAGCACUGCAGUGCCUGUCUACAGAUUUCUCCCUGCAGAAGGGGGUGAAGGGACUUCCCAUGCAUUUACAAAUUGAUACCUACGCUAAAAGUGGAAAUGAUGGAGAUUAUGAUAUAAUACACCGGGCAUAUUGUCAGGUGAAGGUUUUCUGUGAUAAAGGCGCUGAGCGUAAGUUCCGUCAGGAGGAACGACGUGCCGCUAAGAAGGUUGCUGUUGGAGGACAGAGAGUUCUAGAUAUGUACUGUUAUGGGUCACACUGUAUUUAUAUCAAUACAAAAUUUAAUGUUGUGUUUGUUCAGGAUAGAUCUGAUUUUUACUCCAUGGUUGAUUUAUCCCGAAUACCAGUUCUAUACAUACCUUCCAGCUCCGACACACCCCCUUUACACUCCGUCCUGGGCGGACUGGGCGUAUCCCCCUCCAACCCCACGCCCCCUGGACUAUCCCUUCUAAAGAACAGCACUGUGAUUCCUGAAAGGCGGAGAAAAUCCUUCCCGCCCCCUGAGACUAGGAUGGUGGUGUAUGUAAGACAGGAGAAUGAAGAGAUAUAUACGCCCCUGCACCUUGUACCGCCAACUGUGCCUGGUCUAGCCAGAGCUAUAGAAACUAAAUAUAAUGUUUCAGCGACUGCCAUUCGAUAUCUUUACCGACGGAACAGUAAAGGAAUUAUAGCAAAGCUGGACGACGACCUUCUGAAGUUCUACUGCAACGAGGACACCUUCCUCAUGCAGGUCACUGCCAUAGAGCUGGAGGGGGUGGCUGGACAGGAGAGCAUAAUGUACGACAUCACCCUUUGUGAGAUAAAUGACUGAAACCUAUAGUUAUAUGAUCCUCUUAUUCCAGUGCAACUAAACUCAUGUUCAUAUCUUCAGGCGGCGGCGAUCUUUUACCAAAUAUACAUUUAUAUAUACAUAUUGUGGGUAUGUGAAACCAACCUAAAACGUUAUUCUUGAAAUUCGCGAAUAAAUAGAAGAGUGUACCACUGCAAACUGUAGGUCUAAAUAAUCGGUUCGAAAUAUACCUUCCGUGUUUUCAGAUAUAUAUAUUUUUACGCUGAGAUGUUAACACAUUGUUAUAGAAAAUACAAUAAAUUUUGACAAGUGU